CAAAGCUCAAGGAAUGCAUUAACAGAUAGAUACCAAGCCUUAUUUGUGUUCUAAUUACAAGCAACAGAUAGGUUUCAAAAUUGGUUACCAAAAGAUGAAUCCACUGUUGACAGGGCAUUGAAGAGAUUAUCAAGCACAAGCUCUCACCAAGAAUAUGGAAGCUAUUGAAGAGCUAAGCAAAUAUGAGGAGACCAUCAAACAUUUAUUCAAGCUUUUAAACAAAGUUUGCCAAGAAAGAGAUGAAGCAAGAUACCAACUUCAAUCAAUACUAAAAAGUUCCCAACCAAGUAACACCUCUUACACAAGCCAUCACUUUUCACAAUCAUCAAUGGAAAUUACUAAAAAACCAUAUUUGAGCAACAAAGCAUUAUUCUCAUAUUGUUCAAAUGAGAAGCUUCCUUCUACUUGUGAUUCCUCACAUCAUGCUAGAACAAAAAAAGAACCAAGCAAGUUGGCAUUAUUUCCAAACCAUGAAAACAGAACCACUACUAUAGAAAAGGGUGUUUCAAAAUGUGAUUUUGAUCAUAGUGCUUCACUUGUGAUUGAUGAACUUGUUUCGGGGAAGCCUUUGCCUCAAAAGGGUAGGUUGCUAAGAAGUGUAGCAGAAGCUGGACCUUUGCUUCAGACACUUCUUAUUGCUCCUCUUCCGAAGUGGCAAAACCCUCCUCCUUCUCCUCCUUCUUCUUCUUCUUAUCCUCCAUCUUGCAUUGUAAAUGAUGAUAAGGAUAAUAACAGUGUUGGUGAUCAAAGUGCAAGUGUUAUUCCAACCUCUUUGAGUUUGGCAUUUCCUGGGAAUUACAGUGGAGCUUCUUUGCAUAAUAAUGCAUCAUCAGAGUUUGAGUUACUAGUGAAGAAUGAGCCAAUUUCAUGGGUGGAUCAUAAGGAUUCAAGUAUUUUCCACAAUAAUCAUAUGUUAAUUGGAAAGAAGAGAAAGCUUAUAUGAUGCUAUGGUGAUCCUAUUUGUAUGAUUUGUAUCAUAAUGUAUCAUAAUUUUCUUAACUCCUUAUGUAAAAU